AUGAAUUGUACGUGUGUAUGUGUGUAGUACCCACAGCAAUCAACCAAAUAUGGUAAGAAGAAGUUCUCUACGUCACCUUCUUUUUUUUUUUUCGCCAUACGCACAGCUGAGCUUGCUUUUGCACCGACUGUUCCAGCAAAUAGCUUGCCUUGCAUCUUGCCGUGAUCCCUUUUUUCCCCCCUUUUUCUUUCAUUCGAUCCAUUCAAAAGAACAACCGUUAAUCGAGUGUACACCAGCGAACAAACAGAAAAAUUCAAAAAGAAUACCAAAACAAGCUGCAGUACAAAACAAAAAAAAAAUCACCAUGGCCCUGAGCGUUGCAGACACGUUGAAUACUGAACUGGACAUGACACCGACUGCUUUUACCCAGCUCGUAACCGAACGCCAUACCUCCACCGAAGUAACCGAAGAAAAAUACCAGUUGCUGAAGCGACGCCUCAAAGAGAUCACAGAGGUAACGUUGAUCAGACACAAUUCAAAAAAAGGGUGGGCCCCCCGCCCGAAAAGAAAAAAAAAAGACUCAUUGGGAAAGCUGCAGAAAAACGAAUCGUUGACGAAUGACCUGAGCCGAGCAAAGAAACGAUUGAGACGUCUCGCCAAAGAGAAAAAGUUAGUGUUUUUGAAAAGGAGUCGGCUGGUGGGUAGCUGAGAGGGAAGGGUAGGAGAGGGUUAGAAAAGGGUCAAGUAUGCAAUUGACCGAAAAACGCCACUUGUUUUAGUAUGUUGCUAG